AUGGGACCCGCCAACCACACUGCGGUCUCCGAGUUCAUCCUGCUGGGGCUGUCCGACAGGCCAGAGCACCAGAAAGCCCUCUUCUGGCUCUUCCUCUCCGUCUACCUGGUCACCGUGCUGGGGAACCUGCUCAUCGUCCUGGCCAUCGUCACCGACCCCCACCUCCACACCCCCAUGUACUUCUUCCUGGCCAACCUGUCCGUGGUGGACGUCUGCUUCUCCUCCACCACCGUCCCCAGGAUGCUGGUGUCUCUGCACACCCGACACCGAGCCGUCCCCUUCGCCGGCUGCCUGGCCCAGAUGUUUGCCUUCCACCUGUUCGGGACCAUGGACAGCUUCCUGCUGGCCGUCAUGGCCAUUGACCGGUUCGUGGCCAUCGUCUACCCCCUGCGCUACUCGGCCAUCAUGAGCCCCCGGCUGUGCGGGACGCUGGCGGGGAGCCCCUGGCUGAUCACCAACCUCCAAUGUGUGGUCCACACAGUCCUCAUGGCCAGGCUGAGCUUCUGCGCGGGGUCCGAGAUCCCCCACUUCUUCUGCGACCUGGUGCCCCUGCUCAAGCUGGCCUGCUCCGACACGCACAUCAACGAGCUGGUGGUCUUUGUUUUUGGCAUGAUCAUGGGCUUCAGCCCCCUCUCCUGCAUCCUCAUCUCCUAUGUCUGCAUCUUCCGGGCAGUGACCAGGAUCCCGUCUGCCCAGGGCAAGUGGAAGGCCUUCUCCACCUGCGGCUCCCACCUCACCGUGGUGUCCCUGUUCUACGGUACCAUCUUUGCCGUCUACCUGCUCCCGGCCUCGGCCGCCUCCUCCCGGAAAGACAAGGCGGCCGCCCUGAUGUGUGGCGUGGUCAUCCCCAUGCUCAACCCCUUCAUCUACAGCCUCCGGAACAAGGACAUGAAGACAGCCAUUAGGAGGCUCUUAGGAAGACCAGCCCCUUCUCCACCCUGA